AUGAAUGAGGGCUCCGUUGCCACGGCAACGGUUAUGAAUGAGAGCAGUUCGGUAACCGGGGAUACUUCCCGAAAAAAGAGGAAUCGUCGGUUGCCAUGGCGAUUCGGGGAACGGGGAGAGACCUCCACCAUCUUCCUCAUCAUCAUCUUCUUCAUGAUUAUCUUGUCGGCGGUUGGCUCCGAAUUUGACCUGCGGACACUGAGAGCAGUCAGGGUUCUGCGACCACUUAAGUUGGUGUCAGGGAUUCCCAGCCUGCAGGUGGUACUCAAGUCCAUCAUGAAGGCUAUGAUCCCCCUGCUGCAGAUCGGACUGCUUCUCUUUGUGGCCAUUCUGAUGUUCGCCAUCAUCGGCCUUGAGUUCUAUAUGGGAAAGUUCCACACCACCUGUUUCGACAUCGCCACUGAUGAGAUUUAUGAUGAGUUGCCAUGCGGUACAGAGUUACCGUCCAGAUUGUGUCCUAAUGGGACCACGUGUAAAGGCUAUUGGCUGGGGCCCAACUAUGGGAUCACCCAAUUCGACAACAUUCUCUUUGCUGUCCUCACUAGUAAUAAUGUAGAGGGAAGUGCCUGGAACUGGAUGUACUACAUCCCCCUCAUCAUCAUCGGGUCCUUCUUCAUGUUAAAUCUGGUGCUGGGCGUCCUCUCAGGAGAGUUUGCCAAAGAGAGAGAGCGAGUAGAGAACCGUGCAGAGUUCCUCAAAUUGAGACGCCAGCAGCAAAUAGAGAGAGAGCUAAACGGAUAUCUAGAAUGGAUCUGUAAAGCAGAGGAGGUACUUCUGAAUGAGGAUGGUACCAUUUUUACCGGGAUCAGGCAACUGGCGACCCAGGGACCUCCUCCCAGACAACUGGUGACCCAGGGACCCCCUCCCAGACAACUGGCGACCCAGGGACCCCCUCCCAGACAACUGGCGACCCAGGGACCCCCUCCCAGACAACUGGUGACCCAGGGACCCCCUUCCAGACAACUGGUGACCCAGGGACCCCCUCCCAUGCAACUGGCGACCCAGGGACCCACAUCAUACGGACCCCCUCCCAGGCAACUGGCGACCCAGGGACCCCCUCCCAGGCAACUGGCGACCCAGGGACCCCCUCCCAGGCAACUGGUGACCCAGGGACCCCCUCCCAGGCAACUGGCGACCCAGGGACCCCCUCCCAGGCAACUGGCAACUGGUGACCCAGGGACCCCCUCUCAGGCAACUGGUGACCCAGGGACCCCCUCUCAGGCAACUGGUGACCCAGGGACCCCCUCCCAGGCAACUGGUGACCCAGGGACCCCUCUCAGGCAACUGGUGACCCAGGGACCCCCUCCCAGGCAACUGGUGACCCAGGGACCCCCUCCCAGGCAACUGGUGACCCAGGGACCCCCUCCCAGGCAACUGGUGACCCAGGGACCCCCUCUCAGAGACCCGUUUGGCCGAGGUGGUCUGCAGGAUGGGUCCAACUACAAUAGGAACGAGCGGCGGAUCCGGUUCUUCAUCCGUAAGAUGGUGAAGACUCAGGCCUUCUACUGGACCGUCCUGAGUCUGGUGGGCCUCAACACCAUGUGUGUGGCGGUGGUACACUAUGAACAACCUGAGAUCCUCUCCGACUUUCUCUUCUAUGCAGAGUUUAUAUUCCUGGGUCUGUUCAUGUCAGAGAUGUGUAUUAAGAUGUAUGGCUUGGGGACUAGGCCCUACUUCAACUCCUCCUUCAACUGCUUUGACUGUGUUGUGAUCGUGGGCAGUAUAUUUGAGGUGAUAUACGCGGUCAUUAAGCCAGGGACAUCGUUUGGCAUCAGUGUGUUAAGAGCCCUCCGACUGCUCAGGAUCUUCAAAGUCACCAAGUACUGGGCCCCUCUACGUAACUUGGUGGUAUCAUUACUCAACUCUAUGAAGUCCAUCAUCAGUUUGCUCUUCCUCCUCUUCCUCUUCAUUGUCGUCUUUGCCCUUUUGGGCAUGCAGCUCUUCGGUGGACAGUUCAACUUUGAAGGUGGCACACCGGCCACCAACUUUGACACCUUUCCUGCAGCUAUAAUGACAGUAUUUCAGAUCCUGACGGGUGAAGACUGGAACAUGGUGAUGUAUGAUGGGAUCAAGUCUCAGGGAGGAGUAAACAGUGGAAUGGCCUACUCCGUCUUCUUCAUAGUGCUCACACUCUUCGGCAACUACACCCUGCUGAAUGUGUUCUUAGCUAUCGCCGUGGACAAUCUGGCCAAUGCUCAGGAGUUGACCAAGGAUGAGGAGGAGCAAGAAGAGGCAGCUAAUGCCAAGACAACCCUGCAGAAGGCCAAGGAGGUGGCUGAAGUUAGUCCUCUGUCUGCCGCUAACCUCUCCAUCGCUGCUAAGGAGCAGCAGAAGAAUAAUAAGGCUGGUGGUAAAUCCGUGUGGGAACAGAGGACCAGUGAGAUAAGGAGACAGAACCUGAUGACCAGCAGAGAGGCCCUGUACAACGAGAUGGACACGGAGGACUGGAAGGUGUCGUACCCCCAUCGUGCUGGGGACAUGAAGACCCACCUGGACCGUCCUCUGGUGGUCAACCCCCAGGACAACCGCAACAACAACACCAACAAGACCCGGCCCGGAGAGCCCCCUCUAGACCCGCAGGACACCCUGGGCCAGCAGAGGGCUGAAGAAUACAUCAGACGCCAGGCCUGCUACCAUCAGAGGAACAGGGGGGGUCAACCAAGGGGGGGUAGUGGCCCAGAGAGAGAGGCCCGUCUGGGAGACCACCACUGCAGUGGCCCCAACCUCUCCACCGCUCGGCCCAUCCUCAGACAGGACAGUCAGUACAGGGAAGACCUAGACAACCUCCUCAACAACAGCAAACUACACGACCACACCCUCCACCCGCUGCCCCCAGACCACCCUGACCUUGUGAAUAACCUCCUGAACCACAGUGUGACAGCAGACACACACCACCAUAGUAUGGACAGUCUAAUUCUGACCAGUAUGGCCAAGCCGGCUCAUACGGUCGUGGAUAUGAUGCCUCCUGUCUAUCCAUAUCCCUCCACCAAUGCCAUCCUGCAAGUGAACAAGAAUGCUAACACAGACCAGAAAAAGAAGGAUGAGGAGAAGAAGGAGGAAGAGGAGGAUGAAGGGGGCAAUGAAGAUGGUCCCAAACCAAUGCCCCCGUUCAGCUCCUGUUUCAUACUGUCCACCACCAACCCGUUCCGUAGGUGCUGCCACUACAUCCUGACCAGGAAGUACUUUGAGUUCAGUAUCCUGUCUGUGAUCGCAAUGAGCAGCAUCGCCCUGGCUGCAGAGGACCCUGUCUGGCCUGAGUCACCAAGCAACCAAGUGCUGAAAUACUUUGACUAUGUCUUCACGGGUGUCUUCACGUUUGAGAUGUUGAUCAAGAUGGUGGUGCUAGGCCUGUUCUUACAUCAAGGUUCAUACUUCAGGGACCUGUGGAACAUCCUGGACUUUAUAGUGGUUAGUGGUGCUCUGGUGGCCUUCGCCUUCACGGGGACUGGCAAAGGGAAAGACAUCAGCACUAUCAAGUCUCUGAGAGUACUGAGGGUACUACGACCUCUCAAGACCAUCAAACGACUCCCCAAGCUAAAGGCUGUGUUUGACUGUGUGGUGAACUCUCUGAAGAACGUCCUGAACAUCCUCAUCGUCUACAUGCUCUUCAUGUUUAUAUUUGCUGUGGUGGCUGUGCAGCUGUUCAAAGGCAGAUUCUUCUACUGCACUGACGAGUCCAAGGAGUUUGAGCGCGAUUGCAGGGGAGAGUUUUUGGUGUACGAACGGAAUGAAGUAAAAGCUGAGAAGCGGGAGUGGAAGAAGUACGAUUUCCACUACGACAACGUGCCUUGGGCCCUGCUCACCCUCUUCACUGUGUCCACUGGAGAGGGCUGGCCGCAGGUGUUAAAGCAUUCGGUAGAUGCGACCUAUGAGAAUCAGGGUCCCAGUCCGGGCUACCGGAUGGAGAUGUCCAUCUUUUACGUGGUGUACUUCGUUGUCUUCCCCUUCUUCUUCGUCAAUAUCUUUGUUGCUCUCAUCAUCAUCACCUUCCAAGAACAGGGGGAUAAGAUGAUGGAGGACUACAGUCUGGAAAAGAAUGAGAGAGGAUGUAUAGACUUUGCCAUAAACGCCAAGCCCCUGACCCGCCACAUGCCCAAGAACAAGCAGAGCUUCCAGUUCCGAAUGUGGUCGUUUGUGGUUUCACCACCGUUCGAGUACAGCAUCAUGGGUCUGAUCGCACUCAAUACUAUAGUCCUCAUGAUGAAGUAUAAUGGGGCGUCUGACACCUAUGAUAAAGUCCUGAAGAACAUCAACAUCGUCUUCACUACCCUCUUCUUCAUGGAGUGUAUUCUCAAGAUCAUCGCCUUCGGGGUUUUGAAUUAUUUUAAAGACGCUUGGAACAUUUUUGAUUUUGUCUCCGUGCUCGGAAGCUUCACUGAUAUCCUGGUGACAGAAUUUUGGAAUAACUUCAUCAACCUGAGUUUCCUUCGACUGUUUCGAGCGGCUCGUCUCGUCAAGCUACUGAGACAAGGAGAGACUAUACGCAUCCUGCUCUGGACUUUCGUCCAGUCAUUUAAGGCGCUGCCCUAUGUGUGCCUCCUCAUUGGCAUGCUGUUCUUUAUCUACGCCAUCAUUGGGAUGCAGUUGUUUGGUAAUCUGGCACUGGGCGAGGACGAAGGCAGUGCCAUCAACGAAAACAACAACUUCAGGACUUUCAUCAUGGCACUCAUGUUACUAUUCAGGAGUGCGACAGGUGAGGCGUGGCAUGACAUCAUGCUGUCGUGUCUGGGGGGUAAGAAGUGUGACCCAGACUCAGGGAACACAGAACCAGAGUGUGGCAGCACCUUCGCAUACACAUACUUCGUCUCCUUCAUCUUCUUCUGUUCUUUCCUGAUGCUGAAUCUGUUUGUGGCUGUCAUCAUGGAUAACUUUGAGUACCUGACCAGAGACUCAUCUAUACUGGGUCCUCAUCACCUGGAUGAGUACGUCAGGAUAUGGGCCGAGUAUGACCCCGCUGCCUGAGGCUGCUGCGCAUGGACUUGCCGGUUGCCGAGGACAACUCAGUGCAUUUCAACUCCACCCUCAUGGCUCUGAUUCGGACAGCGCUCGAUAUCAAGAUCGCCAAGGGUACGACCUUCUCUCCUCCUCCUUUUCUGUCUCUCUUUAUCUACUAAACCUUUUCAGCUGUACUUUUGCACUAUUUUUGCCAUUCUGAUCUGUUGUUUCCUACCUUUUCCCUCCCUACUCUUUCUUUCUUGCUUUCUUUCUUUCUAUCUUUCUUUCUUGCUUUCUUUCUUUCUAUCUUUCUUUCUUUCUAUCUUUCUUUCUUUCUAUCUUGCUU